AUGAUCCCAAUCCUGGAUCACGUCAUCUAUCCUGGUUUCCGCAAGAUGGGUUUCGCAUUCACUCCUAUCAAGCGUAUGACAAUUGGGUUCUUCUUCGCUGCAGGAUCUAUGCUCGCCGCGGCAGUCAUGCAGCACUUCAUUUAUGUGAAAUCGCCCUGCGGGACUCAUGCGUCCGACCCUGACUGCAUCGAAGAGUUUGGUAAGGCCGACAUCAACGUUUGGGCCCAAGUCCUGCCUUAUAUCUUCAUCGGUAUUGCAGAAAUUUUCACAAACGUCACCUCUCUCGAGUAUGCCUACGCCAAAGCACCUGCCAACAUGAAAUCUAUGGUCAUGUCUAUCAACCUUUUCAUGAGUGCAUUUGCCUCUGCAGUUGGACAGGCGUUCACACCUCUCUCCGAGGACCCUCUCCUUGUCUGGAACUACACGAUCAUCACCGUCCUUGCUUUUAUGGGUGGUGUGGGAUUCUGGUACUGCUUCCACCAUUUGGAUGCCGAAGAAGACAAGUUGAACAUGCUUGAGCGCAGCGCCAUGCAGGGCAAGACAACUGUCCCUGAACCCAAGGACGCUGAAGCCCAAAUCCAACACGUUCACGGACAGAAGAACUAA